AUGGCUAAGAGGCAGACAAUGGAGGCAGUUGAUCGAACAAUGCAAGACAUCACAGGUGAGAAACUUCCGUUCAAUGGAAAGAAAAUAAUUAUGGAAUGUGACUUUAGACAGACAAGCAGUAGUGUUAGCAGCUGUUAUAUGAUCACAUGCUAUUUCUCCCCCAUGAAAAUAUCAGCUUUACCAGUUUCACUUCACCUGAAUCUCUGUUCGACUUUCUUUCGCAAUGAUUGCAAAGGUAGCAAUUGCAGUGGUGGAGAGUGUGGUGUCUCCAAAGAUAGAGCCAAGUACAAGAUCAUUGUCAUUCAUGGCUUUGAUAGCUCCAAAGACAUGAAACUCCCAAUUUCUCAGGAACUUAUUGAAGAGCUACAAAUUUACUUUCUGUCAUUUGACAGAGCAGGAUAUGGAGAGAGUGAUCCACAUCCAAAACGUUCAGUCAAAAGUGAAGCAUUUGAUGUUCAAGAAUUAGCUGAUAAGUUACAAAUCGGUUCCAAAUUCUACAUAAUUGGACUCUCAAUGGGUGCAUAUGCUGUUUGGAGUUGCCUCAGAUACAUUCCACACAGGUUGUCAGGAGUAUCACUUGUGGUGCCAUUUGUUGAUUACUGGUGGCCAUGUUUGCCUUCUGAUUUGGCUAAAGAAGUGUUUGAGCUGCUUCUUGUUCAAGACAGGUGGACAUUUCGUGUGGCACAUUAUGCCCCAUGGCUGUUUCAUUGGUGGAUGAAUCAGAAAUUGUUUCCUUCUUUAAGCAUCAUGGCUGGAAACAUGAAUAUAUUUUGCCAACCAGAUUUGGAGUUCUUGAAGAAUCUGCCACCUAACCCUGAUGAUAAUACUCAGGAAAAGACACGUCAGCAAGGUGUUUAUGAGUCUCUGUAUCGUGAUAUAAUGGCUGGUUAUGGAAAAUGGGAGUUUGACCCGAUGGAUAUAACUAAUCCAUGGCCAGAUAAUAAUGGUGCUGCUCAUAUUUGGCAGGGUUUUGAAGAUAAAAUCAUACCAUAUAAAGUGAAUCGGUUUCUUUCUGAAAAAAUUCCUUUUAUUCGGUAUCAUGAGGUCAAAGGUAAAGGCCAUUUUCUACCUUUUGAAAGCGGUAUAUGCGAAGAAAUUGUUAGGACACUUUUAGCUUGAUGAACAAUAACACUGCGAAAGGGUUAUAUAUGUAAUAUCCAAAAUUGGAAUAAUUAUCACAAAGUCGGAUUAAAUCUCGGUUUUUUAUGUUGGUAUAACGAUUCCGUACAUUAUUGGUUAGGCCUUUCAAAUCUCUUCUGCCUUACACCAACAAUGAAUCAUUCAAAAUUAGGUAUUUUACCCAAAAAAAAAAAAACUAGUAUGUAGUUUUUUGUGCAUAAAAGCCAUAUGUAGUCAUUAUUGACAUACAAAAACCAUGUUUGGUUUCCUUACGUGGAAAUUUAUAAUGAAUUGGCGUGUGAUGUGGCAAGUGAAAAUUUAGGGAACUGAGACCAACUCACUAAUUUCGAUUUUUAGAACCCAUUGGUUUUGGU